AUGUCUACACUAUCUUAUGAUUCCCAAAUCAGCGGGCGGGCCCAAACACAACAUCAGGCGAAUAAGAGCGAUAAGGAAGGUAUACAUGUGCUACCACCUGAUAUUGUGCAGUCCACUCUGCCCUACCUCGAACCUGAAGAUAUCAAGAACCUGUCUUACACCAACAGGUACUACCACAAUCUGCUAGACUAUGAGAGUUCGAUGACUCUGUGGCAUGACCUGUUCCACAAGGCAUUUGUGCCAGAAUACACCAGUGCCGAACCCUUUCAAGCCGAGAAUACUGUGGAGUUCAAGACUUGUGCUGAGGUGAUCAUGAUGAAUAAAUAUCCCGACUUGGAUUGGCAUGAACGGUACCUGAUCCGUGAGAACAAUGCGGAGUUAUAUACCUGGGGCUGCCUCAAACAUGCCAGACUCGGGUACACAGUAUCUUCCAACAGAUUCCUGGAACAAGACCAUUUGAAUGGUUCACUGCGCAUAAAGAUUGGUGUAAACGCACCUACCAAGAUGCCUUGGUUCGACAAUGAUGGAUCGGAGAGUUUCUUAGCAGAUGAUAGGGUGGUUUCUCAACUUACAUGUGGUGGGUUUGCAUUCCAAGUACUCACCAAGUCUGGGAAACUCUUCAAUACAGGAUCCACGUUUAGUGGUGGCCAUAAAGGCCCUAGCACACCUGAGGGAGAAGCUGAUGUAAACCCUUUUCGAGAAUUAACUAGGGCAUUAGAAAGAUCGCAUACUUCCAACAUGACAACUGGAGGACCAACUCCCAUUAACCUUACAGGCACCUUCCCCAGACGAGCCAGUUAUGGUGGCUCACAGGCCAGCUAUGUUGGUGUCCCCACAUCGGGACCCCAUGAAGAUAUUUAUGAUAAACUCAAUAGACUAGAGAAUAUAUUUAACCAAGGGGUACCUGGAAAUGAUCAUGUGAAAAGAUUAUUUACAAUGGACUCUGUUAGGCUUAGCGAUUUAAUCGAUAGCAAUGGAAACAUUAUUGACAUCGAUAUAUCCAACGAACAAAUUGACUGCAAUAAAUUUGUGGCCAUUUCUGCAGGCAGAAGUCACAUACUUGCUCUUGAUGAUAAAAAUAGAUUAUAUUCAUGGGACUCACCAGAGACAGAUGUCGGUGUAAGAAUAAAUUUUGAAUUUCUACAUGACAGUAACGAAAGACCUAUACUAAAAAUUGAUAGUGGCUGGGACUUUAAUUGCGUUUUCAUCCAUUCCGUUGGAUUGGUAUUAUGGAAUAGACGGGAUGCUCUUCGGAAAGGGGAUGCUUAUGCGAAAGCCCAUUACAAAAUAAUUCCCAAUACAGGAAUUAUUAACAGCUCUAACCGAGUACUUGAUUUUUCUUGCACACAAAAUAACACUGUCUACUAUAUCACAAGAGAAGGUUCUUGCUUAUGGCAAUAUUCGAAUGGACUUACAGAAGCUAUCAAUCUACCAAUUGAAGGAAAACUUUCCAAAUUGAUUGCUUGUUUUGCUUCCUUAAUUGUAUUUGAUAAUCGCAAAAACUGCUAUAGUUUAAAGCUUAACAGUGGUAAAAUCGACAUUACUUCUCUGACAAAAUUAGAACUGGAAGAUCCUGACGAGUAUUUUAUUCAAUUGGCUAGUGGUGACUAUCACACACUGGGCCUAACUCAAAAAGGGAAUAUUUAUACAUGGGGAAUUGAGAGUCAGUCAUGUGGUUGUCUGGGACUAGGCUCACAAGAUAGGAGAAAUACUCCACAUAAUUUCAUAACUCUUCAAAAUGUUACAGUUCAAAGGCCGGCUAAGAUUGACCUUGGAGAAAACCGAACUUGUGUAGCUGUUGCAGCAGGUGGCUGGCAGUCUGGUGCAAUCAUUAUAAAUAAUAACGAUAGCUCGAGAUCAUGA